GUCGACAGCGACCCGUCACCGACCCCUCCCACCUUCAUUUCCAUUUCCAUUUCCAGUUUUUCAAAAAAAAAAAAAAAAAAAAAAUCCGCUCCCUUUUCCCCUAUUCAUAUAUGUUCGGUUUGAUUUUACGAUUCUCUCUCUACAAUUUCAAAAUAUUCUGUCUCAAGAAUUGCUUCCUAUCCACGCCAUAAAAAUAUAUUAUCUAAACCCUGAAAAAGAAAUUGAUUUCGAAGAAAUCAGGUGAUAAUGGAUCGUUUUAGGGACGAUGAACACAGAGAAAUCCAAAAACCGAAAGCAUCGAUACUUAACCGAUCGAUGACGGUUCAUACUGCCGUUAACCCAAUUGAAUUCCCAGAAAAGCCCGUCACAUAUUUCUACCCUUCUCCUCCUUCAAUCGAACGUAACGGCUCCGUCAAAAAACUGCACAGCCCAUCGAUAGGAUCAAUGGGAAGUUCCUUCAAAGGUACCGUUAAAAAGCUAUGCUCUCUUUUCGAGUCACGUAAACCGUCAAAUGUACAACCUCAAAGCCCUACCAAGCAUUUGAAAUCCUUCAAUUCCGAUUCUAGGGUUUCGUCAUUUUCUGAUUUGGGGAUUUUCCUGCCUGGAACGGAGGACAGUGUCGUAAUUUACUUUACGAGUCUUCGUGGGAUUCGGAGAACGUUCGAGGAUUGUUAUACUGUGAGGAUGAUUCUUAAGAGUUAUAGGGUUAAGAUCGACGAAAGGGAUAUUUCGAUGGACAGUGUGUAUAAGAAAGAAUUGCAGAAUGUUUUGGCCGAAAAGUGUGUCACUUUGCCACAAGUUUUCGUCAAAGGGAAGUACAUUGGAGGAGCUGAAGUGAUCAAGCAAAUGAACGAAGUGGGCGAGUUGGCGAAGUUGUUAAGAGGACUUCCCCUUAGGCCACCGGGUUAUACUUGUGAAGGAUGCGGGGAUGUGAGGUUCUUGCCUUGCUCGAAUUGUGAUGGAAGCAGGAAGUAUUUCGAUGAGGAUGAAGCACAGCUCAGGAGAUGUCCCGAGUGCAAUGAGAAUGGCUUGGUUCGUUGCCCUCUUUGUUGUUCUUAAUUUUCAUAGUGUAUGAGUUAAUAAUAACUAUUACAGCCUGCUCACUGCCAAAUAGGUUUUGGUUUGUGCAGCUAGUUGUCUAAGGUUGAAUAGCUUUUGCGUAUCUAAGGCAAAAGUAAUGUUUGUUUAGCUUCUUUAAUUGACAUGUGAAUGCUUGUAUAUGUACAUAAUGCUUGGAAAACUUCUCUGUGGGGAUGAAGGGGCUUUUUCAUCCCCGUAUAGUCAUGUAAAUUUGCCAUCCAAUAUAAGGUGUGGUUUUGAUUGAAAACC